CCGUACUUGACUGCUAACGGCACUCUUGCACUCCCCGUUUUUCAUGCUUAUGCGCAUGUUAUUAGCUGUCAGUCCAGCUUUAAUCCUAAAAACAUUGAAUCGUACGGCAGGACUGACGGCGAGGCAUCGGAACGUUUAUGGUCUUCACUCAGACCAUUCGUCACCAUUACACGUCCGAUGUCUCAGGCCAACAGAAGGCUGACUCUUACGUUGGCCAUCCGCCAUCGUAACAUGGAAAAAAAAUGGGGAAUGGGUAAGAUGUUGUUUUUGUAA